AUGGGGCAGCAAGAAUCCUCCCUGCCGGGAGAGAACCGCUCCAGGCAGCCGCAGCAGGCAGCCACGAAGGACGACAAGUUGGCGGCCACUCCUGGAAUGUUUGUGCAACACUCAACGGCAGCGUUCAGUGACAGGUACAAAGGCCAGCGUGUUCUAGGGAAGGGCAGCUUUGGGGAAGUGAUUCUCUGUAAGGACAAGGUGACAGGACAGGAGUAUGCAGUCAAGGUGAUAUCGAAGCGUCAGGUGAAGCAGAAGACUGACAAGGAGUUACUGCUAAAAGAGGUUGAGCUUUUGAAGAAGCUUGAUCAUCCAAACAUCAUGAAGCUCUAUGAGUUCUUCGAGGAUAAGGGGUACUUUUACCUUGUGACGGAGGUGUAUACAGGCGGAGAGCUUUUCGAUGAAAUCAUCAGCAGAAAGCGCUUCAGCGAGGUGGAUGCGGCCCGCAUUAUUCGGCAGGUAUUGUCUGGGAUAACGUAUAUGCACAAAAACAAGGUCGUUCAUCGUGACUUGAAGCCGGAAAACCUCUUGCUCGAGAAUAAGCGGAAGGACGCCAAUAUCCGCAUUAUUGACUUUGGCCUGUCGACCCACUUCGAGUCAACGAAGAAGAUGAAGGAUAAAAUCGGGACGGCGUAUUACAUUGCUCCCGAGGUGCUUCACGGGACGUACGAUGAGAAGUGUGACGUUUGGUCUACUGGCGUCAUUUUAUAUAUCCUGCUCUCUGGGUGUCCGCCCUUUAAUGGCGCGAAUGAAUUCGAUAUUCUGAAAAAGGUUGAGAAGGGAAAGUUCACUUUCGAUCUCCCACAGUGGAAGAAGGUGAGCGAGCCGGCGAAGGACCUGAUUCGCAAGAUGCUCGCCUACGUGCCGACCAUGCGCAUUUCCGCGCGGGAUGCCUUAGAGCACGAGUGGUUGAAGAAGACAGAUGCAGAUACAGAUUCCAUUGACGUGCCAUCGCUCGAGAGCACCAUCCUGAAUAUUAGACAGUUCCAAGGCACACAGAAGCUGGCGGCUGCGGCGAUGCUCUACAUGGGCAGCAAGCUCACAACGAAUGAGGAAACUGUUGAACUCAACAAGAUCUUUCAAAAAAUGGACAAGAACGGGGACGGUCAGCUAGAUAAACAGGAACUGAUGGAGGGCUACGUGGAGCUCAUGAAACUAAAGGGCGAAGACGUCUCUGCGUUGGAUCAGAGUGCAAUCGAGUAUGAAGUAGAUCAAGUUCUGGAAGCCGUAGACUUCGACAAGAACGGAUUUAUUGAAUAUUCAGAGUUUGUUACGGUCGCCAUGGAUCGCAAGACGCUGUUGUCGAGACAGAGACUAGAGAGGGCUUUCGGCAUGUUCGAUGCGGACGGCUCUGGAAAAAUAUCAUCUUCGGAGCUAGCCACCAUCUUUGGAGUGAGCGAGUUUGACUCGGAGACAUGGCGCCGCGUGCUGGCAGAAGUCGACAAGAACAACGAUGGGGAGGUUGACUUUGAAGAAUUCCAGCAGAUGCUGCUGAAGCUCUGCGGCGACGCAGCAAGCAACACAAAGCCUUGA